AUGUCGGCCAUUUGCAUUGUUGAUUGCUGCUUUAAAGGGACUUCUCAAGACAAUAUUCUGUAUCCUUACUUCAGUCCGGACGACUGGGGCCCAGAGUUCCCCUUAAGCACAUCUUCCAGAUAUACAAUACCAAUGCCAACACUUUAUAGUACUGAAGGGUACAAAUUCAAGAAGCCGAGCAUCAUUGAGCUGGUGCUGUACAACAUGGCAGCGCUGCUUGGUGGUGUGGCGGCCGGUUAUGACGUGAGAGUGUCGAAUGUUAGCCCACUGCACCCCACUUUACAACCACACAGGCCCGAAAUAGAAACAGAACCAUUGGCCUCAUCACUGUAUGAGGGCUACGGAUACGCACACAACACCUACCACGGUCCAACGAGGCAUCUGCGAGCUCCAUUGAAUGCAAUUACUGGGUCUCCUCUAUCUAGUCUACAAGCAGAGGAGCAGAAACCGAUGCGGUUCACGGAUUCUCCCAGUCAUUACGCGCAUGCGUCUUCAUCGUCCGGCUGUGGCCACUCGGCCCCACCGUUGUCCGCCACUUCCGGGCUCAACACCGCUUACACCGGGACUUCCGGUCUGGGCACCGCCUACACCGGUACUUCGGGCCUCGGCACCGCCUAUACUGGAACACAACCCCCCACACCCUCGCCCCGGAGGACCUCCUCCUCCACUUCUGACCACCUAGCCGACCUCUACCACAACUACAGAGAAAACUUUCAACCGUCUGCAUCCCAGGACCGGAUACAGGACUAUUACUAUCGAGCUGAACCAUAUUCUUACGAGAGAACGGCCGAUUAUGUUGUCAAACAUCCGUACUAUGGCUACGACGAGUGCUCUUUCGAAUACAAAGAACCUACACCGGAUUAUAGACCUACAGUUCCAUAUCUCACUCAUCGUAGAACACCGUCUAACUCCUCUGUUUCGAAUUCACAUCCAGAAGAGUUCUCUCCCUCCAGGCAGUUUCGAACAGAGAAGUAUACAAAGGAUAGGCGAGAGGAAUACAGAACUCCAAGGACAGAGUACCCGAGGAAAUCUAGUGACUAUUCCUUGCCUAGGGACUACUACAGACAAGAAUCUCAAGAGAGAGCAGAGCUGGAACGACCGGCUAACCUUGGCCUGGAGUUAGCAUCGACCAAGUUAAGAUCUAGUUUGAAGAAAUAUAAAAAAUCUAGUGCAUCUGGCGGCAGUUCUGGAGGGGGUACACCCACCAAUCCAACUCCGCCUGAUAGUUUGACAAGCGAGACUGAUAGUUCGUACCUUUCCGCUAGGGACGCCUCGAGUGGCUCUCAAUCUAGAGUCAGAUUCAGUCCAGAAACAAUGGAGGGACCGACACCUGAACGCAGGCCGUCAAGACACUCGUAG